AUGCAUCGACUUUUUGCUGAGCUGGAGCCAUCUGUAACCGUCACCGAGCAAAACCUGGCAGACCGAGUUCGGUAUAUCUUGCGCUCAAAUACAUUUGAUGUCACCGAAUUCGAACGGCUACGACGUGAGGCUGUUCCUUCAUCGGGUGAAAAUGCUGCGGCUGAGGAUGCGGCGCCACAACUUGCCGAGCAAACGGCAAAUGUGGAUGCCGCCGUGAAUACGCCAGUUGUGGUUGAUUCAAACGAUGAUGGAAGUCGCCAGUCGCCCAGGAACUGGAACUAG